AUGCAGUCCUCCAGGUACAAGAUGUAUCUGGGCUUGCUUGGGAGGUUAGACAUCCUGAUCUCGCAGGGAGGUGACCCCGAGGACAUUGCGGCAGUUAAAAACCUGAUGAGGAGUUAUCAGUAUGACAGGUACGCCUCCCUUGUAAAAGAGAGGGAUCAUGGGUCAUACCGCUCGCCCGAUCCUUAUCUUAGCUGCAAGCGGAAGGAAGGUACCAAGUCCAUCCCUAGUCUGCGGGGCACCGACGGGACCCUAAAGGAGUCUCCUCGCGGGAUUCUGAAGGUGGUCCGCGACUACUACAUUGAGCUCCUCGGAAAGGGCAGCCCCCAAUGUAGCGAGGAGGGAACCUCCCACGGGAGAAGGGUGGAUGACUUCUUGAGCGAGCUCACGCUCCCUGAGCAUAGCGACCUCUCUUUUGACGAGUUGGUCAGCGAGAUCACCAUAGAAGAGGUCACAGAGAGUAUCCAACAGCAGAACAAGUGUAAGUCGCCAGGUCCUGAUGGUCUGACGGCCGAGUUUUACCAACAGUUCUGCGACCUCUUGGCCCCUCAUCUGACCGAGGUGUUUAAUGAGAGCUUGGCUCAAGGAUUAUUGCCACCCUCGAUGAGGACUUCUGCCCUGAUCUUGCUGUCCAAGCCGAACGUGCUCGACACAGCGGAUGUGGGGAACUGGCGCCCCAUAUCCCUGUUAAAUGUCGACAGGAAGGUCCUGGCAAAGAUUUUGAUGAAACGAGUACAGGGCCUAGCGAGGCGUGUCCUAUCCACCUCCCAGUACUGUUCAAUCGAGGGCAGAACUGUCUUUGAUGCCGUUUUCGAAGUCAGGGAAGCCCUCGAGAAGUGCAGGGACGGAGAAAGGGGGAUAUACCUUCUGGCACUUGAUCAGUCCAAAGCUUUUGAUCGAGUAGAUCACCGUUAUCUGUGGUCAGUCUUGCGGAAGUAUGGCUUGCCGGGAAAAUUCGUCAAUUGGAUAAUCACCUUGUACAGAGGGGCCGAAAGCUUCGCUCUUGUGAACGGGUGGAGGGGCAGGACGUUUAGGAUCCGAUCCGGGGUCAGGCAAGGCUGUCCUCUCAGCCCACUCUUGUACGUGUUUGCAGUCGAUCCCUUCAUCCGAAGGGUCGAGGCAGGCACGUUACAGGGAGUGGCCAGGGCUCCGGAGAGGCCUUUACGGGUUGUUGCCUACGCUGAUGACAUCUCCAUAGUGGUCUCCAAUACUCGGGAGGCCACGGAGGUGGAUGAUUUAAUCCUAGCGUAUUCUGCCGCUUCAGCCUCUCGUGUCAACAGGGACAAGAGCGUAGUUUUCUGGUGCGGGAAGGAGGGGGACCAGUUCCCUCUUCCAGACGGUUUCCCGAGGGCCCAGCCUGAAAUUAAGAUCUUGGGGGUGGUGUUCGGACCAGGGGAUCUGGCUCUCAGGAACUGGACCGAACGGCUUGCCAUAGCUUCUAGCAAGGUGGAGGAGAGCCACAGGUGGAAACUGACGUUCAGAGAACGGGUGAACCUAAUCAAAACCUAUGUUCUGACCGUAUUCGGCUACGUCAGUAACAUCUUCCUUUUGCCCAGGUCCCUCCACGCUCGGAUGUUUGCGCUGUUCUUCCGCAUGUUGUGGGGGAACAGGCUGAACCUCAUCAAAAGAGAGGUCACUUACCUGGCCAGAAAGGACGGGGUCUGGCCAUGGUCAACCCCAUCAUCUUUUUAA